CGCAUGGUUAUAGCGAAAGCGGAAGUAAACAAUGUCUGUACCGUUUGUUCGUUUUGAGUUCUUCAUGUGAAAUAUAUAUUUCAGCGGAGUUCAUUUCUUACACGUCUGUAACUCAGACAUGAACGGCCAAGCCGACUUAGAUGUGGACUACAAGAGGAAAUACAAGAACCUGAAGCGCAAGUUAAAAUUUUUGGUUUAUGAGCAAGAAUGUUUUCAAGAGGAGCUGAGAAGAGCACAGAGAAAGCUCCUGAAGGUCUCCAGAGAUAAAAGUUUCCUGCUAGACAGAUUGUUGCAGUAUGAGCGGGUAGACGAGGACUCAUCUGACUCGGACGCCACAGCGUCCUCAGACAGCGAGGGAGAAGUUCCGAGGGAAAGAGAAAGAGAACCAGGAAAGAAGAGGAGAAGUCCCGGAGGUCCGUCCCUCGCUUCGUCCUCGUCCCCCCAGCCCUCUCUCCUCUCUCGGCCCGGAGCGAACGCUCUCCAGGCUUCGGCACCUGCUCAGUAUCUCAACGCGUUACCCUUCCCACCUGACUAUUUGGCUCCCUCUGCUGAGCGAGUGAGGAAAGAGAGAAAACCAAAACCACCAAAACAGAGAAAAGAGUCUGCAGGAAAGGUGGUUCCUCCGUUAGCGUCUAACUACCCAGCAGGCAGUGCGCCGGGCGCGGGUUCGUUCAGCUGGGUCCCACGGCAGAUGCUGAGUGGAGAUGCUGCAGAGGAGGAAGGAGACAGUGAAGGAGAAAGCGAUGGAGGAGAAGAAGAGAGAGGAGAGGCAGAGGAAGCAGAGCUGGUUAUUGACAUUCCUAACGAGUGAAGGUGAACUGGAUAAAAAGACUUUAGCAGCAGUAAAAGGAAACCUCAAGGAAACGGCAUUGAUCCAGCUGUUGUCUUGCUGUCUCUUUUACACCAUUUUUUAAAAUAGUAAUGCUACGGUGCAUAGGAUUUUUUGGGGGUGGGGUUAAGUCUGGAAAAAUACACCGUGUGGUAGUAGGAAUUCUGAUUCGGUUUGGAGGGAAAUUUCAGAUUUGUGUCAUACGUCCGCUCAGAUACAUCCCACUUCAUCAUGCCAUGCCUGAAAGACAGAAUCAAAAAAAGGAAGACGAAGCUUUUCUCUUUAUAGAAAGCUUAUGUCGCUAGAUGUUUUGGCUGAGACACACCUGUACUCUAUACACCCAUUCAGGAUCAGAUAACCUUUAUACGGUAGAAUUAUUUUAACCCUAAUAAGCGUUUGCUAAUUCGGCAUUUCUGUCUGCAAGCUGUCUGUUACAGAACCUGUGUGUGGUGUCACUCAGUAAGGACAUCAGAUGCUUUUUAAAGUGUUCAAACCAAUCAUCUGGUCAUUCUGACUAGAGUACAUUUGUGGAAAAACAGAGACAUGCUCUACAAGUUGAUCUACUGUCAUGUUCAACAGCCAGCUCUGAGAUAUAGAUGUAUAUAUUGUUUGUGAAGUAAAAUGUUUCAUAUAUGGUGAACUGUAAGCUGAUUUUUGUUCACACUGUGAAUUUUUUUGCAUCAGUUCUGUAAUAAACAAAAGAACUAAAUCCUA